GAGAGAGAGAGAGAGAGAGAUGCUGCGCGCGCUCAGUCCGACUCUCUGCGCAGCAGCACCGAGCUGGCACCGAUCCAGUCCGACCUCCAGCCGCUGAGUCGGUGUGUGCUCGGGGGGGGACCAGGAAACAUCCAUCCUGCUCAGGAGUGUGUGUGUGUGUCUCUGGGAUCGAGAGAGGAGUCGGACCUCAGAGGAGCCCGUGUGGAGAGAGUUUAGUCUCCUCAUCACACACACACACACACACACACCAUGCUGGACUAGUGCUGGAUCAGAAGACACUCUUCACCAUGAGCACCAACGGCCCCUACCGACACCCCAGCUACGGUGCGGGAAGCGGAGGCCACGGCCAAGACUCCAUCUCCUGCUUCCGAUGUGGGGACGUGUGCAAAGGAGAAGUGGUGCGCGUUCACAACGUCCACUUUCACGUCAAGUGUUUCACCUGCCAGGUGUGCGGCUGUGACCUGGCCUGUUCCGGAUUCUUCCAGCAGGCCGGCGAGUACAUUUGCACCCAGGACUACCAGCGGCUUUAUGGCACAAAAUGUGACAGCUGCGGGGAAUUCAUUACCGGGGAGGUGGUGUCGGCUCUGAACCGGGCUUACCACCCGAAGUGCUUCGUCUGCACCAUCUGCAGGAAGCCGUUUCCCAUCGGAGACAGGGUGACCUUCUGCGGAAAGAAGUGUGUGUGUCAGCAGUGCUCACACACACUCGCCAGCAGCAACGAGCCCGUCAAGAUCCACGGGCCGAGCCACUGCGCCGGCUGUAAGGAGGAGAUAACUCACGGUCAGUCGCUCUUGGCUCUGGAGAAACAGUGGCACGUCGGCUGCUUUAAGUGUCAAACCUGUGGCACGGUCCUGACCGGAGAGUACAUCAGCAAAAACGGUAUUCCGUACUGCGAGUCGGAUUAUCACAGGCAGUUCGGGAUCAGGUGCGAGGCGUGCAACAGAUACGUCAGCGGGAAAGUACUGGAGGCUGGUGGAAAGCAUUAUCACCCGACCUGUGCGCGCUGUGCACGCUGUCAGAUGAAUUUCAGUGAAGGAGAGGAGAUGUACCUGGCAGGUUCAGAGGUGUGGCAUCUGAUGUGCAAGCAGGCUGCGAGGACGGAGAGGAAGCUCAGGCUAAGACGCACCUCAGAGGCCUCCAUCUCUCCACCAGGAUCCAGUAUAGGAUCUCCAAGCCGAGUCAUUUGUGCCCGAGUGGAGAAUGAGAUCCUCAGUUACAGGGCUCUGUCCUCAUUACCUAAGCUUAGCGCUGUAUACCGCGAGCCACGACCCGAUCUCAUUCCGUACGAGGCGUAUCACAGAUACCUCUCUGAUGACAGGCUAGAGCGUUACCGCUACGGGGAGUCUCUCGGAACGCUCUCGGUGUACUCUCAGGAUAUCUACGACAGCUUGGACCUCAGACAUCGGCGUUCCUCCAGCCCGGGCUACAUCGACUCGCCGACGUACAGCCGCCAGGGAACGUCUCCCGCUACGCCACGCUCCCCGCAGCUCUACUACCGCUACGGCACCGAUAGCGGCAGGAGUUCUCCGUGUUACAGUCAGCUCGACGCCAGAUCCAACAUGUACCAAGCACCCAAGCAUUUCCAUCUGCCAGCUACUGGGGAGACCAACAUCUACAGGAAGCCUCCCAUCUAUAAGAGCCAUGCUGCGAAGACUAAAACAAGCGAAGAGAUCGUGUCUUCCCCCUUCUCAUCUCCUGACCACUACCAGCACUACUACCCCUACACCGGAUCACCCAAAGUUCCUCGAGCUCGCAGGUUUUCCUCCGGAGGAGAAGAAGACGGCUGGAACCAGAGCAUUAACAGAAUCCAGGCCGGAAUCGGGAGGAUGAUCCUGAAGGAAGAGAUGAAGGCGCGGUCUGGUUCCUAUGACAACGACCCUUGGGCCAGUGCACGCAACUCUCGCAGCGGGAGCAAAGAAACCCUGUCCGGUCUGGGCUACAACAACACUGUUAACGGCUCUCCCAGAUCGCCGUACAGCGCAGACACUGAUCCAUUCAUCUCGAAAUCAGCUUCGUUACCAGGCUAUGGAAGAAACAGUAUUAACAGACCCCACAGUGCCGAUUACUUCCACUACGACAGCAGCAAUGCAGUGAACUGGGGCUUUAGAGAAUACAAGAUUUAUCCCUAUCAGGAUCUCAUCGUUACUGUUCGAGGUCGUAACCAGCUUCCAGGUGACGUGGACAGGACGAGGUUAGAGAGACACCUGUCCCCGGACGAGUUCUUCCAGGUGUUCGGUAUGACGAUGGCCGAUUUCGAGCACUUGGCACUGUGGAAACAAAACGAGCUAAAGAAGCAGGCGAGGCUGUUCUAAGGAACCGAACCCGCCCCGAACCUGACCCGAGUACCUCAGGGCCGACAAACAGACAGCUCUGGAGGAAGGACGUAAACCAUCCGGACCGGAGGUCUGUUCCAUCAAACCAGACACGAUGAAGCCUUCUACUCCACUGUGGACUGAUUCACACACAAACGAGACUAUGUUCAGAUCCAGCCACCAUCAGACAGAUUAAUAAAUAAUGAAAGACUCGCCCUUUUGUGGAAUCGUUUCUGACUGAACUUUGGGUUGCAGCGUUUAGAAGAAGUAUACGACAGAACAUUGCCUUAUUUCUGACAGAGUGGGGUUAACACCAGCAAGUGUGCUAACAGCAUGGACUGAUUGAUAUUCGUAUGAACCCUGCAUCGUGUCUCUGGGAUUGAAGAAGGUCGUAUGUCUGGAGUUCUUUCAUAGCCAUUACUUGUAAGAAAGCGUGUUGGAAUGUGUAUGUUUUGCAAAACCAAAGUCUAGCGUGUAUCUAACUGUGCCAUAUUUACACAGGAAUGAUAAUCGGAUUGUCCUUCUUCUUCAGGUGGAAAACGAAUAAGAUUUAUUGUAUGAUUGAGCAGAGUGUAUAUUAAUGAGAUAUAAGGGUUGGCUUUAUCAGGACUAGAUGCUACUUGAAUAAUUUGAAACGAUGUAAACUUUACGAUGAAGAGACAUUUAUGACAUUUUAAAAUGUUUACUUUUAAGAUUUCUAGCCAUUUCUGUUUAUUCCGUUUUGCCUUAAUUAUUAAUGAAACUUUAUUUACACAUCAGCUGAGACUUGUUUAGCUUUCAAUUUUUGAUUAAUACUUGGACUGGAACUGUGCGGCUUGUGGUGAUUCUGGUAGAUCUGUCCAACUCUUCUCUGUGAUAUAAUACUAAACCACAACCAGUCAGAAGUUGGACUCGCCUCCUAAUUCAAUUAUCUUCAUCUUAAGUGUUUUCUACAUCAUAGAAUAAUGCUGAAGACAUCCAAAGUAAUCUCUGGAAAGUUUAAGUGACAUUGCGAUGUUUUCAUGAAGCGUUCCUCCCAGCUCUGAAGAUCUGGAUGCUAAAAUGUAUGAUGUUUCUUAUAAAUUCUCCUCGGUCCUCCUUUUCUGUGACGCUCCUCACGAGAACCAGUUUAAUGGCAGGCGGUUUUGCAAGUGCAUUUUUUUUUUUUUUUUUGCAGUUUUCCAAAUGGACCAAGCUUCACAACAGGAAGGGGACCAACUGCAAACUUUACAUUUAGUCAUUUUGUGGGUCU